GAAGAUACUCCUACAUAACCAGCUUUCCUUGCUCCAACAAUGGCAAUACUCAGUACUAUUAUUCGUCAUCAUGGCUACGUACUCUUACCAAAUUAUCAUCCUCGUCGUGUUAAGUGGAGAUUAAGGGCAUUUUUAGCCUUGGCUACUCGCACUCCGAAACAGGGGUUAUUUUGCUGCAUUUUCCACAGGGGAUGCACGCAAUCAAAAGACUCCGGUUUUACUUUCCUAGGGAGUCGAGCCGGUCGUGUCCCUGAUGUGGAUUUCUUGGUGAUCAUUUUAAUCUUCAGUGCAGCUGAUGGUCUUGGCUUCCCAUUUCUGCCGUCGGUUCACUUCGAUUUCAGAUAUGGCGCAAACUUUGCAACAAUGGGAUCAGCUGUUCUCGUGCCAAACAGUAUCUCUGCACCAGUAAACCCCCCAACCACAAGCCCACUCACUCCAGACUUUCAGCUCGGACAGUUUAAGGCUUCCCAAAACCGAGUGCUUCAUCAAUUGCAAUACAAUAAUUCCAAGCCAGCUGGUGAAUAUGUAUACAUACAUUCGCUUGAUUGAUUCAUUUUUACUUAACCGGAAGUAUGACUGUAUAUAUUCAUUAAUUGAUGAACUUAAUGAUGACUAAUUACUUAAUUAGUGUUCAAUUAGGAUCUAAACCAUGUGAGAGGGAGAGACUUCCUUCUGGCGACAUCUUUGGGAAAACAUUGUACUUGUGGUUUACAUCUGUCGAUCAGUAUGAUUUCACUUUCACUCCUCGGUUUCCAGAUAUAGUCAGAGACACAGAAACGAAAUGACUUGAUGAGGUCAUAUCCAAAAUCACCCAUACCAUCAAAGUAGUACGUGACAGUUGAUCCAUUUAAUUAGUUCCUUUUGAUCAUAUAUAUCUCCAUUUUUUUGCCAAUACUGGCUCAAUUCCU